AUGCCCGAGAGCGAGGGAGAGCCAGAGUUGAAGCUCUUAUGGGCCGCCACCCUGUUGGCGGUGAUCUGCACCAGCGAUGUCCACGCUAAGAGCAAAAGGGCGAUAGACAAUUAUGCUCAACGCCAGGAGCAAUUCGAAGGCUACCGUUACGACAAGCCCCGUAUUCCUUUCGAAGAUAGGCCAGUCACGACUGCGGUGCCACCGGCCACGACAAGGAGACCGACCCCUCCGCCUGCGACAAGGGGAUCCCCUCCCCCGCCCACAACGAGACCACCUCCCCCGCCUACGACGAGACCACCUCCGCCGCCGAGAAAAACCCAGGGUUACGAUUAUCCGCCUCCGGUAUCGCGGUUGACUUUCCCGCCAGGCCCGACGACGACGACGCCGCCGCGUCAGACUCCACCGCGUCCAACGACACCGCGCCCGACGCCGCCGCGUCAGACUCCACCGCGUCCAACGACACCGCGCCCGACGCCGCCGCGUCAGACGCCACCGCGUCCAACGACACCGCGCCCGACGCCGCCGCGUCAGACUCCACCGCGUCCAACGACACCGCGCCCGACGCCGCCGCGUCCGACUCCGCCGCCGCAUACACCCAUAGAUACUAAGAAUGUACCAACGACAAUACGACCCCCAACUACAGGGGUCCAAGGUUACAACUACCCAACUCCAAACACACCUUUUACGCUACCAACGCCAAGAAGGGUUCCUCCCCCACCUCCACCGCCACCACCAACCAGGCCGCCACCACCGCCAACCAGGCGUCCGCCGCCACCACCGCCCCCGCCAACCAGGCCUCCACCGCCACCACCGCCCCCGCCAACCAGGCGUCCACCGCCGCCGCCGCCCCCGCCAACCAGGCGUCCACCGCCACCGCCGCCCCCGCCAACCAGGCGUCCACCCCCACCGCCGCCCCCGCCAACCAGGCGUCCACCGCCACCGCCGCCGCCGCCAACCAGGCCUCCACCGCCACCAACCAGGCCUCCUCCACCGCGGACACCCCAGGACACCAUUCCCCAAACGGUGACUCGACGACCGUACACUCCGCCGAGCACAGGCUACGAUUAUCCACGUCCAACAACAACGACCACCAGGCGACCGAGCACGGGUUACCUUCCUCCAGUAACGAGCAAACCCACUACAAGAUACGAGCCUCCGACAACUAGGAGAACGACACCGUACACAACGACACGGGCAACGCCGCCGACGUACCUUCCACCACUCACGGAUCAACCAUCGGAACCGCGUUCCUCGACAUUACCCCCCUCAACAACGACAACUCGCAGAACAACACCGUACACAACGACAACUCGCAGAACGACACCGUACACAACGACAACUCGCAGAACAACACCGCAACCAACCGCACCGAAGUACGUUCCACCACCGACGACAACAACCACACGAAGACCAACGACAACAACAACAACAACAACAACGCACCGGCCAACUCGACCACCAUCGACGUAUCUUCCACCAGACACGCGUACCCCGCAAACUACAACGACAACUCGAAGAACAACGACAACCCCACGACCAACUAAACCACCGGUUACCUACAUUCCCCCAGAAACGAGCACGCGUCCCCCGCGAACUACGACGACAACUCGAAGAACAACGACAACCCCACGACCAACUAAACCACCGGUUACCUAUAUUCCCCCAGAAACGAGCACGCGUCCCCCGCGAACUACGACGACAACUCAAAGAACAACGACUCAACUGGUACGCCUCACCACACCUACAACCACUCUCGGAAGCACUUAUUUGCCACCCACUUAUCCACCCACUUAUCUUCCUCCGACGACCAAGAGACCGACUUACGUAACGGUUACCCCACCGCCUUAUCCAACGAUAAAAUACGACCCGACUGUAUCCACUUAUACUUGGUCACCGCCAACCGGAAGACCCGGGCCCGUGCCGACUCUUCCGUCUACGACGACCCACGUCCCCGUAGGCUACCACUAUCCAAUUCCCGAUAUUUCAUUCGAAACCCGCAAGCGCUGA